CAUGAAAAUAUAAAGAUAAUAAGUAUUUUUUUUAAUCUAUGUGUAAAAGUAAAUGAGACUUCUAAAAUUGGACAAAGGGAGUUGUAAAGAAUGUAGAAUGAUGGAGCAAUUAUAUAUACUCUAGCUCUUGGAGUUGGAAGUGUAUCCGUUAUGCGUGCUUAACUGUCUAACUAACUAAUGAAAAAACAGUUAUAUGAAAAACCAUAACAAACAUCCAAAAUUCUCGGUCUAUAACAAGUUAACAACCACUCUUCGUAUUUCAAUUCUUUCUUAGCUAUGGUAAUAAAUCUUGCAAACUUUCAUCUUCUUCUCUGUCUUGUUGUAAGGUCGAAUCAAAAACAAAUAAUUGUUUUGUUGUAAUGUUUUCUCCAAGAAAAUCCUCACAAUACAUCAACCGAGUCUUCAAGAAUCAGCAGUUGUUCACUCAGUUCAUCAAUACAUCUUCAUCGUCGCCAUCAUCAUCUUGCUCAUUGAAGCAAUGCUUUGAUGGGUCUAGCUAUGGUCGUGAUCAUAAGAAGGGCAGAGCUGAUGCAUUACUCAAGUUUUUGCUAAGUUCGGUUUCUUCUGGAGCUGUGGUUAUUGGUUCCAUCUGUUUGUACUCUUCUUUGAACGAUAAAGGGUUUUUAGUGUCUUUCUCCGAAAGUGCAAACAAUGAACCUCUUCCGUCGAGGGGAACGAAAAAGUUCCUCUUCAAAGAUUCAUACAGGAGAAGAGUUUUCUUUAAUUAUGAAAAGCGCAUACGGAUGACAAGCCCACCAGAAAAGGUUUUCGAAUAUUUUGCAUCUCUUCGUACUCCUGAUGGAGAUGUUCUGAUGACCCCAGCAGACUUGAUGCGAGCAGUUGUGCCAGUGUUUCCUUCGUCUGAAUCAGAUCGCGUUAGAGAGGGUUUUCUUAGAGGGGAGCGAGUCCCUGGCGAGUUACAGUGUCAGCCUUCAGAAUUUUUCAUGCUUUUUGAUACUAACAAUGAUGGACUGAUAUCUUUUCCAGAAUACAUCUUCUUUGUUACAAUUCUUAGCAUUCCUGAAUCAAGCUUUUCUGUGGCAUUUAAGAUGUUUGAUCUUAACAAUAACGGGGAAAUUGAUAUGGAAGAAUUUAAAAGGGUUAUGAGUUUAAUGCGAGCCCAAAACAGACAAGGCGCAAACCACAGGGAUGGACAGCGGCAGGGGUUUAAAACUGCAGAGCCUGUGGAGAAUGGUGGCUUGUUAGAGUAUUUCUUUGGCAAAGAUGGCAAGACCUGUCUACAACAUGGAAAGUUUGUCCAAUUUCUAAGAGACUUGCACGAUGAAAUUUUAAGGUUGGAAUUUGCUCAUUAUGACUUUAAAACGCGUAGAACCAUAACAGCUAAAGAUUUCGCCUUAUCCAUGGUUGCAUCUGCUGACAUAAGUCAUAUUAACAAGCUACUAAAUCGAGUCGAUGAAUUAAACAAUCAGCCUCAUCUCCGAAACAUUCGAAUUACAUACGAUGAGUUCAAAGCUUUCGCAGAGCUAAGAAAACAAUUGGAGUCCUUGUCUGUAGCCAUUUUCAGUUAUGGAAAAGUAAACGGAACACUAUCAAGAAAUGAUUUCCAAAGAGCUGCAUCCCAAGUAUGUGGAGUCUCUAUUACAAACAAUGUGGUUGACAUUAUAUUCCAUGUGUUCGAUGAUGAUCGAGACGGGAGUUUAAGCUCUGAUGAGUUUAUAAAUGUUCUAAAAAGACGGGAAAAUGAAAACUUGGUGAAUAGUGAAGCGGGUUUCAAAGGUUUGAUAUCAUGCUGUAGCAGAUGUUUCAAAAAUUAUUCUUCUGCAAAGCUGCUUUAAUUCAUCACUUAAUGCUUGCUGAUCCUGUAAGCAGUGGCGAAUUUAUAAUUUUUUUUCAUUUCGGACUUAACUUUUAGCUCACCUCUCUAGUCAUGAAUUCACUAUAAAUCCUUUCUCUUGCUCUUUUUUCUUUAAAUCGUCCGGAACCUAUGGCUAGUUCUGCCCCUGCUUGUAAAACUCUGCUUCUCUUGACAUUCUUUAAGACAAGUUCUUGGUGCAGAUUUUAAGGAAAUGUGAAGUUUCCUUAUUGCAUGCCCUCAAUGUAGAUGAUUGUACAGUAUGUUAAGAGUUGAAUAAACUUUCUUGUAGAUUAGUGUAUUUCCUUACGUGUCUAAAUAAGUCUUUACUAUUUCAAAAA